GACAGAAGCAAAUAUAUACAAGAAACCCACUAGUCCACUUCUCUAAGAAGAUUUGUUCAGGCACACGACAAAACACAGAAACAAAACCUUCAAGAACAAAUCAGUUUAAUAUUUUAUAGAAAAUGGAUCUUGAACUACUACAAGAUCUGCCCAUGUUGAAGUUCCCAUCACCCAUCAAGAUCCCAUCCAACAACACCAACAUAGAUGAUUACGGCGGCGGCGGCUGCACCACUCCUACUUCCACCGACCACAAGAUUCCUCCCUCCACCGCCACUACACCUCCUCCUCCCCCUCAGAAACGUCGCCCACCUCCGUCACCAUCGUCUCUCAUCAGAUCUUGCAAGAGGAAGCUUUUGACGCCCUCAAAGUUUGAGAUCAUAGUUAACAAAGAUGAGAUAGAACGCUUCUUCGCCUCUGUUUACAACCAGACCACGACGUCAGCCCCCACAACAACCACCAGCACCACGACGGCUCUCGCGUUGGUCAGGCGACGGAGAAGUUUCCGUUCUUGUUCCCGAAGAUGAUCAAUAAUUGGAGUUAAAGCACAAUAAUGUUAAAGGUUCCUUUAUUUCGGUAACUUUUUAUUUAUUUUAUGUAAUGAUUCUCAGCUUUACACGUCGACCCACUCUAUAAAUAUUACAUUUGCUUUCGAUGGAUGGAAUCUUUAUUCUCUUUUUAACAUUAUGAAUUAUGUAAAUGUUCAAAAUAAUAUAUAUUUGCUUGCUGCUUUGUGAACGAACGAACAAUUUCACUUAGUCACUUACAUUGUAUAUAAAUUUCCACUCUGGCAAAUAUUUGGAACUUAGUUACAU